AUGACUUCACCCGCCUCUGCCGUCUUCGCGCUCAUCAUUGGCAUCGACAGCUACAAGUCAGGCAGUAUCUGGAACCUCCACUAUUGCGUUGAUGAUGCUGAACGCGUCGCACACUGGCUCUAUGAAGACCUCGACGUACCCAAAGACCACGUCAAGGUUCUGACGGAUGGCCAGGCUUGCAAGGACGAUAUCGAGCGCGCAUUUAGGGACCACCUCGUUAACAACACCGCAAUACAGAAAGGCGACGCGAUUUUGGUUUACUUUUCAGGUCAUGGGAGUCAGGUGUCCGCACCGAAGGGCUGGUAUCGGGGAAUGCGCAAACAAAGGACCGUGGAGGUCCUCUGCACCUACGACUUCGACACCAGGGACGCUCAAGGACUUGGACGUGUCGCAGGGAUAUCCGACCGAUCCCUGCACGCCAUGCUUAACGAGCUUGCCGACGUCAAAGGGGACAAUAUCACUCUGAUUCUCGACACUUGCUUUAACCCGUCCCAAACCCCAGAGAAUAUUCGGGAACGCAGCCGUACCCGAUGGACCCCUGCGGGCAAGACCUCAAGUGAAGACCUCUACCGCGGGCUUUGGCCAUCCGCACGGGCUGACCUUCAAAAUCCUCGAUUCGGAUUUUUGGAACCCUCUCCGACUAAAUACGUCGUCCUCAUCGCGUGUUCACCGGGCAAUAUCGCAGUCGAGGGGAGGGAGGGUGGUCAUUUCACUGCCAGUUUCCUCCAGGCCGCUUCUUCUGUCCCCCUUCACCGAACCACGUAUGCGCAAUUGUUCGAUUGCAUCAACCGCACUGCCCUGGAGGAGGGCCAGAAAGCGAUAUGUCUUGGCAAACACAGAAAUCGCAUCUUUUUCGAUGACAUCCCCUUCGUUGUCGACGGGAGGUUCCUAGCCGUCGCUUUGUGCACCAAGCGUGAAGUCAGAGUAGAGGCUGGUUCCGUCCACGGCGUCAUCGAAGGGUGCGAACUUGCCCUUCAUAGCCACAACUACCGGAGGUCGAGGAAUCCCUCGCUGGCCACGGUCGUGGUCGUGGAGGCGCACCCGACGUGGAGCUUAGCUCAAAUCAAGACCCAAGACCUCAAAAUACCCAAAUCCUGUUGGGCUCGAAUAACCAGAUGGAACAAUGAACCCCCUUUCCGAGUCAAGUUGAAGGCUUCCAUUGCUUCUAUCGUGGCUAUCUGGAGGUUGAAAAAGGAGCUACCAUCGUACGCUUUGCGUACCCUCAGGGGUUCCGGGGUGACCACACAAGCAGUCGAAGAGAAAGGCGAGGCCGACAUAUCGAUCAAGGUUCAGAGACGCAGUGUCGUUGUGGAAAGGCAUGAUAAUAUGGGCCUGAAUGGUUCUCAUGUCAUCAGCUUAGAGGAGUCGGACGCGGUCAAAGUCAUCAACGAUGCUGCCACUUUCAACCUACAUUUACAUUCCAACAACCCUUCCCAACCUUUGGAGAAUGUUAUCCGGGUCGAGCUGCACGAUGUCGACGGACAUGCUGUUUCCAAAGUAGGCCCCAAUCUUCUCAACCGCGAUAGCAAGUCGAUAAUCCAUUAUGAUGACAGAAGUAACAUGGCAUUCAAUAUGGUCAUCCGGAACUUCUCGACACUUCCCCUGUGGCCCUAUGUAUUUGCCAUGGAUCCUGAUAUUUAUACGAUGGCCCUGAUUUAUCAACCCCCUCCUGACUUUGACGACGCAGAUACCGACGUAUCAUACAGGAACAAUCGCGUUCGGGCACCUCCUUCGCCACUACCGCCAGGCGGAAUCGUGGAUGUUGUAUUCAACUGGCCUUCCCAUCCGCAUACCCACCUUCUCUCCCCUCACGGACUUCCUUACAAGUUCGGAUACCUCAAGUUGCUACUAUGCUCGAAUCCAAUCGGGAGCCUGGCUUUCUUCAAUGACUCCCAGUCCCCAUCCUCAAGGUGCAGUAAACCGCCUCCCCCGUCACCAAAUAGCUCUAUGGUAUCCUUUUUCGAGAGGACUUCAAUCCUCACGAAGAAGGGUGGGCAUCUGGAUGGCAUUUGGGAUUCGUUCCUGUACCCUGUCGUUUUUGCAAUGAAUUCGAACGUUGAACUUUAUAUCUGA